AUGAGAUACAAUCAAGGUUUGCUAAAUAUAAAGUAUAUCAACCUUUUAGAAGUUGCCAAGCUGAAUGAAGUAAGAACUGAAGGUGUUGAUAUCUACCUUGACUUUGCCACAUCUACAUCUGAUACUACACAAAGAUCUUUGUUGGCAGAAGUAGAACCUGUAGUAUCGUACCCCUCCGAGAUUCAACCAACUUAUUCCGUCAAUGAAUUUAGUGAUAUGUCUGUAUCAGAGUUUAGUGAGGGCCAUUUUGGAGGUGAUAGUACUUUAGCUGAUCGACCUGAAUUGAUUGUUGCCGCUGCCACCUUGUCAACUGGUGCUUUGGCAGGAGCUAUCGCUGGAGGUAUUGCAGCGGUUGCCGCAGUGUCAGUAGCAGCAGGUGUAAUUGCCUAUAGACGUAUGAAUAGAAAAUCAGUCCAGGUACAAGUGGAGUUGGAAUCUUCAAGUCAAGCAUCUCCAGUUGCCACAACUGCACAGCCAGUUAAGAAACUAAGGACCAGAACCUUAAUUGAUGUGUUUAGCUUUAGACCAAAGAACCCCUCGCACAAGUCAAUCACUGCCAGAGCUGUUCCAUCUACUGGAACUGUUGUAGUUGAUGCCCAACAAUAA